AUGCCUUCCAACGGUGACCACUUUGACUUUGUUGUUGUUGGCGGCGGCACCGCGGGCAACGUGGUCGCCGGCCGUCUGGCCGAGAACCCCAAGGCCAAGAUCCUCGUCAUUGAGGCCGGCAUUGGCAAGCCCGAAGACGUGGCCCAGAUCACAACGCCCGGCAAGGCCAUGACCUUGCGCGGCAGCGAGUAUGACUGGGCCUACAAGACCACUAUAGUCAAGCGCGACGACUACGAGCGCAUCGAGAAGCCCAACACGCGCGGCAAGGCCCUCGGCGGCUCGUCGUCGCUCAACUACUUCACGUGGGUGCCCGGCUCCAAGGGCACCUUUGACCUCUGGGAGGCCUACGGCGGCAAGGACUGGACCUGGGACCCGCUGCUGCCCUACCUGCGCAAGUCGGCCACCUACCACGACGACCCCAAGCUGUACGACACCGGCCUGAAGAAGCUCGGCGCCGGCGGCCCGCUGCACAUCUCGCACGCCGAGCUGCUGCCCGAGACGGAGGCCUUCCGCAAGGCCAUCCAGUCGGCCUGGAAGUCGACGGGCCAGCCCGACACGGAGAACAUUUACGACGGUAACAUGAUUGGCCUGACCCACUGCGUCGACACCAUCUACAAGGGUGUGCGUUCCAACAGCGUCGUGUUUCUGCGCGGCAAGCCCAACAUCACCAUCCUGUCCGAGACCCACUCCAAGAAGCUGGUCGUGGACGCCGCCUCCAAGAAGGUUACGGGCGUCACCGUGAUUGGCAAGGACGGCAAGGACCAGACCUUUUACGCCGAUCGUGAGGUCAUUGUGGCGCAGGGUGUCUUUGAGAGCCCCAAGCUGCUGAUGCUGAGCGGUAUCGGCCCCAAGGACCAGCUGAAGCAACACGGCAUCUCGGUCGUGGUCGACUCGCCCAACGUCGGCCAGAACCUGUUGGACCACCCGGCCGUGCCGUUUGUGCUGCGCGUCAAGGACGGCUACGGCCUCGACGACUUCCUGCACCCUGCGCGUCCGCACGUCCAGGCGACCCAGCAGACGUACGACCAGAGCCACACGGGCCCCCUGAGCUCGGGUGAUCUCGAGAUGGUCGGCUUCCCGCGCAUUGACAGCUACCUCGAGAAGGUGCCCGCCUACGUCGAGGCCAAGAAGAAGAACGGUGGCGUCGACCCCUUCUGCGGCCAGGGCCAGCCGCACUUUGAGCUCGACUUUGUCUCCGCCUUUGGCAGCGCCUUUCAGUGGCACUACCCCGUCCCCAAGCAGGGCAACUACACCAGCGUCGUCGUCGACCUGGUGCGCCCCGUGUCCAAGCCGGGCGAGGUCACGCUCAACAGCGCCGACCCGCUCGCGCAGCCCAACAUCUGCCUCAACUUCUUCGCCGAUGAAAUCGAUAUCGUCGCCAUGCGCGAGGGUAUCCGCUUCUCCUACGACAUGCUGACCAAGGGCGACGGCUUCAAGGACAUUGUCGUUGCUGAGUACCCCUGGGAGAUGCCCCUUGAUGACGACAAGGCCAUGCACCACGCCGUGCUGGACCGCUGCCAGACUGCCUUCCACCCCUGCGGCACCAACCGUCUCUCAAAGGACAUUCAGCAGGGUGUUGUCGACAACGAGCUGCGUGUCCACGGCGUUUCGGGCCUGCGUGUCAUCGACGCCUCCAUCAUCCCCGAGAUCCCUGACUGCCGCAUCCAGAACUCGGUCUACGCUAUUGGCGAGAAGGGUGCCGACCUGAUCAAGGCUGCCCACAAGGAUCUGUACUAG